CUCAAACCCGUUUCACUUUUGUCUUUACCCUCCUUCAUCUUUCUCUUUCCCAAAACUCCUUUUCCUUUUAUCAUUUCAUCUGCAAUUUCAAAUCUAGGGUUUUUUCAUUCUCAUUCUCACUUUCACAAACACCUCAACACCUCUCCCUCUUGCCAUCGUACACAGGUUCGUGUGUGCUAAUUACUUCUCUGUUUCUACAUUCUGUCAAUUUUAGCACCCUGUUUUUCUGUUUUGAGCUCAUAGAGCUUGAAUCGUUUGUAAAUCCCUUCACUUUAUGGGUUAAAUUUGAUUUCUCGAGAAACCCAUGUAAAACCCUUGAGAAAUUUUCGUUUUUCGUUUGUGGGUUGCUGUUUAAAUUCGUUGUUUUUGCUUGUUUCGUGCUCAAUUUUGGUUUUUAGGUCGGAUUUUUUUUGAAAAAUUUAGAGGUGUCUGUGGACAAUUUUUUGUUUAUCUUUUGUGGGUGGGUGUUAGAUUUGGGAGUAAAUGCAUGGACGGAAGGGACGGAAUCCCUUCGUUUUAUCUGAAUAGAGGGUUUCGUGGGUCGGGUUCUAAUGCCGGGUCGGGUAAUCAAGGUGGAGGGUUCCAUACCCCUCCACCUGGUUUCAAAACUCAAUUAAACCCCACUUUAUCUCCUCAUAAUCAUACCCAAAUCAGGGUAGCUCCUCCUUCAAUGGGUCCUUCGUUCCAUUUGGAACACAACCCACCUCCUAGUUUCCCUCAUAGCCUUAACAUCGGCGGCGGUGGUGGUGGCGGUGGCAGUGGUGGGACUGAUGACGGUGGUGUUGCAGUCUCCAUCCCCAUUCCCACCCCUGGAAGUGGAAGUGGGAGCGACUCUGUUAUGAAGAAAAAACGAGGGAGACCAAGAAAGUAUGCCCCUGAUGCCUCCAAUACGGCGUUGGCACUACUAAAGCCUGUACCUCCGGCCACUUCGCCGGAUCAAAACACACCGGGGACACAGAAGAAGAGGGGGAGGCCUCCUGGCAGUGGAAGGAAGCAGCAGCUUGCAAAUUGUGGCGAAUGGAUGCAUAAUUCGGCUGGAUCGGCUUUCACGCCUCACAUAAUCCACAUAUCAAUAGGAGAAGAUGUUGCGGAAAAGAUAUUAUCAUUUGCACAACAAAGGCAAAGGGCUCUAUGCAUCUUGUCAGGCAACGGGUCCGUUUCCACCGUCACAUUACGCCAACUUACAUCUUCCGGUGGCACUGUGACUUAUGAGGGUCGUUUUGAGAUAUUAUGCUUAUCGGGUUCUUAUCUGCUGGCGGAAACUGGUAGCCCCCGCAACCGGACUGGCGGUCUUAGUAUUUCUCUUUGUAACUCUGAAGGUCAAGUGAUUGGCGGUGCAAUUGGCGGCAAACUUACCGCCUCCACCCUUGUUCAGGUGGUGGUUUGUAGUUUUGUGUAUGGUGGUGGAGAUAAUUCGAAGGCAAAGGCCGCCAUUGAGCCGCCGUUAUCGGGUGAUGAAAAGAGCCCUGGAGUUCAACUCAACUAGAAGUGUCGACAUCUCCCUUCAUGUUCAUGUUCUCAUGUUCGUGUAUCAUAUGUAGAUGAUUGGCGAUGGGUUCUCUGUUAAUUUGUAACAAAAAGAAGUCGACAUGUUUAUGUUUUAUUUUAGUCGUAGAACUUUUUUAUUUUUUAUUUUUAUCAGUAAUCUUGAGUUGCACAUUUGCCCAUCUGUAGCUAGCUAGGAUCAUUUGGUGAACUGGGAUCUAAAAGUUUCUGGAUUAAUUUUAUUUUUCUUAGGGUUUUUGUGGAA